AUGCACUAUCCUCCACCAACGAGCCCCGCACCCCGAGGAACCACUAUACCCCGAACUCUGACUCCACUCGCAAACAAACAAAGCUCGAUCCCCCCGCCCCCUGCUCUCCCUAAUAACAAUGCGAGCCGAGCUUUCCUACCCGGUUGGACGUGCACGCCGCAUGUCUUUCAGGCCGCAGCACCUCGGGAGAGUCCGCCACCGGGCCACAGCAGUCGGCUCGCUACCCCCGCCGGGUUGAGCAAGGUGGAGCGACAGGCGAUUGCCGACGCCAAGUUUGAGGAGAUUUCACAACUCAGGUCGGAUAUUGCUUUAGGAUACAAGUCGUUUCCCGUGAACGAUGCCACAAUGUGGAUGGUUGCGAACCGGUAUGUCCCCAAUAGACACCGCACGAACAAUAGUCCUGGCGUGACGGUUAUGCUUUCUCAUGCCACCGGAUUUCAUAAAGAGAUAUGGGAAACUACCCUCCGAUACCUCUUGUCGACGCCUCAAGGCCAAGCGAGCAUAGAUGAAAUCUGGGCUCUGGACGCAGUGAACCAUGGGGAUAGUGCACUGCUGAAUAAAGAGAAUCUAGGUGAAAUAUUCGAGUGGUCCGACCACGCCCGAGACAUUCUCAACUUUCUCGGCAACUAUCUCCCCGAUAGAAUCGAGAAUAAUCAGCUCGUACGGAAUCUGGAGCGGGUACCGGACCAAACUACCCAAUCCCGGCUGAAAAGCGGCUUCCCGCACCGCAAAAUAGUAGGAAUUGGCCAUUCAUUCGGAGGAUGCACACUCGCGCGAGCCGUACUCGACUCUCCCUCGCUCUUUUCGUCCAUCAUUCUCCUGGACCCAGUAAUCUAUCCUUCGUACGCACUCCGCGGGCCUGGAAUCGACGCACUAACUCGAGGGGCGCUGAUCCGCCGAGAACAAUGGCCUGACCGUGAGUCAGCUCAAGGCGGGUUUUUGAAUUCUCCGUUCUUCCAAGCGUGGCACCCGGAUGUAUUAGCCGAUUAUGCCCAAUACGGAACAAACCAAGACGAACAGGGUGUUAGAUUGAAAUGCUCAGGAUACCAGGAAGCUGUUACGUUUGGCGAGAAUGCGCGAUUGCCGUGUGAGGUAUGGGAGAUGCUUCCGACGCUGGACGAACGGAUUCCGUUGAGGUGGAUCAUGGAUUCGACUAGUGCUCACGCAACGGGCGGACCAGAUUUGACAAGGCACACAGUCUGGCGCAGACCUUCUAAUUCAAGCAACACGCAAAUCAAAGGCGCAGGCCACCUGAACUGGAUAAACGCAUUUUGUUCUGUUGUAGAUACCUCAAGAAGCACCGAAGCACUUGGUUCGUAG